AUGGUUCUCACUCACACGACAAACCACACCUACUCCCACCCAUUCCCUACCGUUACUCUCGCCUACUUCCUCCGAUACUCCUCUCCUCAGCUUAAUCCCUUCGCCGCCCAUGUUCUCAGCACCGACACCAUCGAGAACUAUGUCGACCCAAAAACUAGCCGGCUACACACCACUCGCAUUCACUUGAAAAAGAGUCGAAUGCCCGGCGCUGUCUACAAGCUACUUCCUGCCAGCGUCACUGGUGGCGGUUCUGGCGAUAAGGCCUCGUACAUCUUGGAGACAAGUGUUGUCGAUAUCAAGGAGGGAUGGAUGAAGACUGAGAGCCGAAACCUUAACUUCACGGGUGUGCUCUCUGUUAUCGAGAAGCAGGAGUUUAAUGUCCCCAACGAAGGAACUGCCCAGAACCCCAAUGAGACUGCUGUGACGACUAUGGUUCAAUUCAGAUCAAGGAUUGGAGAUAAGAUUCGGGGCAAGCUGGGACAGGCCCAAGAGGAUGGCUGGUUCAAGAAUGGUAUCAUCGGUAGCUGGGGUACGAAAGGUAUUCAGCGCAGCAUCGAGAGCAUUGCCUCUACCAAGACUCAAGACCAGAUGGGCAAGAGCCGUGACGGCAUGAAAAUGGUUCUCGAGCGCCUUCGCAACAACGGUGUGAUGGGCGUCCUCGAGACGAUAAGGAGAGAACGUCAACGCCAGCAACUUGCUUAA